CAGACAAGCUAAGUGCUGGAAUUAUUGAAACUGAGGGGUUGCGUGGAAUUUGUCCAGUGCUCGUGUUCUUCGCCUCAUUUCUAUCCCCCAAUCGAAUCGGAAAACCUAUCUCUGGCUCACCGUCUCAGCGCAAGAAGAUCGGAGAGCUCGUCUUCUGCCCCCGAGGUGGAUCUCCCUGCUUCCGCUGAGCUCGAUAAAUUUCAAAGCAACAAGGCCCCAUGAACCGAGAUAUGAACUCCAGCAACAGUCCAUCAAAUUAUUUUGGACGGAUGCGGCAUCGUAAACGCCCUAGUGAGGCUUCUUCUGAUGCUGAUAAAGCAAAUGGAUUAAAGUUGCUUGUUAAUGACCGCAAUAAAUACAGAUCAAUGCUUGUGCGCACCUAUUCAUCAGUGUGGAUGAUAGCGGGUUUCUCUUAUAUAAUCUACAUGGGUCACCUUUAUAUCUGGGCCUUGAUUGGCGUCAUUCAAAUUUUCAUGGCAAGAGAGCUUUUUAAUCUCCUUAGAAGAGCCAAUGAAGAAAGACAACUACCUGGAUUUCGGCUCUUGAAUUGGCAUUUUUUCUUCACUGCCGUAUUGUUUACUUAUGGGCGCUUUCUUAGCCGGCAGCUUGUAAACACUGUGACUUCAGAUAAACUAUUCUAUAAACUUGUCAGUAUGGUUAUCAAAUAUCAGAUGUUUAUUUGUUAUUUCCUGUAUAUUGCAGGUUUUGUGUGGUUUAUUCUCACACUUAAAAAGAAAACAUACAAGUAUCAAUUCAGCCAGUAUGCAUGGACCCAUAUGAUUCUUCUGAUGGUAUUUGUGCAGUCUGCUUUUGCUGUUGCAAACAUAUUCGAGGGUAUAUUUUGGUUUCUCUUGCCAGCUUCUCUUAUUAUCAUCAAUGAUAUUGCUGCAUAUUUUUUUGGAUUCUUUUUCGGGAGAACACCACUGAUUAAAUUAUCUCCAAAGAAAACUUGGGAAGGUUUUAUUGGGGCAUCGGUUACCACAUUGCUUGCUGCCUUUAUGCUAUCAAAUAUAUUGGGCCGCUUCCAAUGGCUUACAUGCCCAAGAAAGGACCUCUCGACUGGAUGGCUGCAUUGCGAUCCUGGCCCAUUAUUUAAGACACAGUACUUUGUAGUGCCUAGAUGGAUGCAUCAAUGGUUUCCUUGGAAAGAAAUAGCAUAUUUACCAGUGCAAUUCCAUGCGUUAGCUUUGGGUCUAUUUGCAUCAAUAAUAGCACCAUUUGGAGGAUUCUUUGCAAGUGGUUUCAAAAGGGCCUUUAAACUUAAGGAUUUUGGUGAUAGCAUUCCAGGACAUGGUGGGAUUACCGACAGAAUGGAUUGCCAAAUGGUUAUGGCUGUGUUUGCAUACAUUUACCAUCAGUCAUUUGUGAUGCCUCCGAGUUUUUCAGUUGACAUGAUUUUAGAACAGAUACUAAGGAACCUUACUUUUGAGGAGCAGCAUUUUCUCCACGAGCAACUUGGAAGUAUCUUACAAGCCAAGCAAUUGUUGCAAGCCUAGUUUCUUGUGUAUAAGUACCUUUCUUGUAUCUAUAUUACUAUGAUAAUUGCACUGCUAAUUCCUAGGAUGGAUAGUCAUUGAGAUCAGGCGCAUGGCCCUUCUAAACAACACAUUGAUCUCAUGUUUUAAAUCUCAAAUUUUUGUACCUUGUUCUCUUCCAGCAUCCUCACUUGAGUUAUAGAAUAAGGAUACACAAUCAAAUUUGAAAUUAACAAGUUUGAACCCAGAGAUUUUGUAUUUGGUAAUCAUUACGUUAAGCUACUAUUAGCCACAA